GAAACCAGGGCCACAUUUGCAAGUUGUUAAGUACAUGGAAACGAAGUUUCACUUUAGAAAACACCCCGAGCUCAAAGCCUUCGAACUGUCGACCAACUAAAUGACAGGUUUUAUCCAGGAGUAAACACAUUUUAAGCAUAUUUUUCCAGUCAGUGGGCUGUUUCACCGGCUUAACUUACGUGGAUGUAGUUGUACAAAUGUAAACUCGAAAGAAGUGCGGGGACUUUUAGUUAAGUUUUUAAUACCAAGGCAAGCACAUUUCCGGAAGGGGGUUUGGCGACUUUCUCGGAAAUCAUUUGCAUAUGCAAUAAAAGUGAUCCAAACAAAAGCUGGAGGGUGUCUUCAAGAAAAAGCACUGAUCUGAGACCCAGGACUAACGGGAAUGUAGAAUUGAGGCAACAACCAUCAUUGACCAUUGCUAGAGGGCUUGUUUCGUCGAAUUGACGGAAAUACAGAUCUGUGACGAUAUCGUCAAGCUCUAAAGAUUCUGAAUGCACAUAUUCUCACUACCGCUCAGCUAAAGACAAGAGAUUGUGCCCACACUAUUUUGCAACGUACAACUGUUCUUGAAAACCGAGAUGGCAGGCUAUCAACUAGCCAAGAGUGAUAUGGAACAUGUUCCUCGCAAGUACAUAUGCAGACAGUGCACCCUCGUGUUACGAGACCCGCUACAAACACCGUGCGCUCAUUUUUAUUGCCGAGACUGUUUGUAUCACCUGAAAAGCAGCGACACGAUCUACAAAUGUAAAGCAGAUGAUGAAGAAUUCAGUCUAACUGAGGUAUUCCCUGAUGGAUGUGUCCGAAAGGAAAUCCAGAGUCUAACAGUUCAUUGCUUGCAUAACGAACGCGGCUGUGAUUGGGAAGAUAAAAUAACCAGCUUGGAGGAGCAUAUUGCUACCUGCGAGUUCCGAGAGAUACCGUGUGACAAUUGUAAAGAAAACGUACUGAAAUCAGACCUAGCAGAACAUCUUGAAAAGGAAUGCAUCCAAAGACGUGUAGAGUGUGACUACUGCCACGAAAUAAUGCCUUUUGCUGAUUUGCAGGAUCAUAUUAAAAAGAAUUGUCAGUCUUUUCCAAUUCCCUGCACCCUUUGCAACAAGACAGGCAUUCCUCGAGGCAAAUUGCGAGAACAUCACGAUCCGGAGAAUGGGGAUUGCGAAGGAUCUAAAGCAGUGUGCCCUUUUCGCGGACUUGGUUGCAAAAGCAAAGAGGAGAUGAGACGUGACGAGAAACGUCACCACGAGCAGACUUUGGUGGCCUUUCAUCUCAGUAUUCUGGCCCGCUUUGUAUUUGGUUUAAGGGACCAAGUUGGAGGCUAUAUUAACGAGAUAAACCCCUUGAGGGAGGGUAUUGCGGUGAUGGCUCGAAUGAAGACCACAGUCUCCCAGCUGGUGUCACAAGUUACAGCGGUUGUGCGGGAAAACGGAAACAUCCAGGAUGAAAUUCACGAGUUAAGAUCUCGAUUGAUGCAAGUGGAGGAAAACCUGGUUGAACCGGACUCCGUUCCUGCACGACAACAGGUUUCCUUGCAAGGUCAGUAUCAGCAAGUAAGUGAAGCGUUAAAUGAUUUCAGGCGUACGCUGAAUAACCUGGAAGCGAAGUUUGCAAACCACGAACUUCUGCUUGUUGAAGCAAAUCAAACAAUCCAGGAACAAAACAACGAGAUCGUUUGGCUAAAGAGGCAAGACGAGACUAACAAGGAAACUUUAAGAAGAUUACAGGAAAAAGUAGACACGAUGGGAGAAGCGUUGAGAACGCGGAACACUGGGCCAAGUGCUGGCUUACAAAGCAGUGCAGACCAAGUACCCGACAGCUUUGAUGGCGUUCUCCUCUGGAAGAUUUCCGAUGUCUCAGCCAAGAUAUAUGAGUCAUUCAACGAACCGGAGAAGUCCUUUUAUAGUCCUCCAUUCUUUACAAGUCGUCAUGGCUACAAAAUGCGUGCGCGCAUUUAUUUAAAUGGCGACGGGAUGGGCAAAGGCACGCAUAUCUCGCUGUUUUUCGUGAUCAUGCGUGGCGAGUAUGACGCACUACUCCGCUGGCCUUUCAGACAAAAAGUCACUUUUAUGUUACUGGAUCAGCGUAACGUGGAGCAUGUGAUCGAUGCCUUCAGACCUGAUCCAAACAGCUCCUCCUUCCAGAGACCAAGAAGGGAGACCAACAUCGCUAGUGGAUGUCCGUUGUUCUUUCCGCUUGCGGAAUUAAAUAAGCAUGCUUAUAUUAAAGAUGACGCAAUGUUCAUUAAGGUCAUAGUUGACUGCUCUGAUCUGUGAAGGGUUAUGAUUUUGUAAAUUCUAGUUUGUGCUGAUUGAUAUACGUUUAGAGGCGCAACUGUAUGAAGUGAAAACCCAGAUUUAUUCCGAUCAUCAGCCGGCUCGACUUGGUAACAGUCCUAAUUUGUGGUUUUGAUAAUCUGACUAGUGAACGUUUUUUUUUUCUUAUUUAGAGUAUCGUUAGGUCACUGUAUUCUUAAUUUGUAGUUGCCACUACUGUUUUUUUUUUAUAACUUACUGGAAGGUUAUAAGGUCAUUUGUAUGUACAUGUGUUGCGAUGUUUGGUGCUUCACGAUCACCAACAUGUUAUAGCCAAGUGGCAUCGUUGUAAAAUAGGAAUGCAAAAUAAACAAAGAAAGCGUCGGAAGCGUGUUCAAAAAAAAAAUA